GUGUGUGUGCCCCAGGGGUGCUUGGUCGCGGCUGAUCCCCGGACCCCGGCCGUGCGCCUCCGCCGGCUGCCGGGGCGGCCCCGUCCCGCUGCGCCGGCCACGCCCUUUCCGCCAGCCAAUGGGCGAGCGGGACGGGGCGGUGCGCGGGUCCCCGCCCACGUGCCGCCUCCGUCACUAUAUAAGCGGCCAUUUCGGGUGCCCGCCCCGUUACCGGCAGUGCUGUCCCCCGCCCAGUGCUGCCUCCCGCCGACCGCCGCUGCUUAGUCCUCUCCUCUCGCUUCGCCCGCACUCGCCUUGCUUUGGUUUGCUUCGCCUCGCCCGCCGCCGCCACCCGCCAUGGCCGAUGCGGCCGUGUCCUUCCUUAAGGAUUUCCUCGCCGGCGGGGUGGCUGCCGCCAUCUCCAAAACUGCCGUCGCCCCCAUCGAGAGGGUCAAGCUGCUGCUGCAGGUGCAGCACGCCAGCAAGCAGAUCGCCGCCGACAAGCAGUACAAGGGCAUCAUCGACUGCGUGGUGCGCAUCCCCCGCGAGCAGGGCAUCCUCUCCUUCUGGCGCGGCAACCUGGCCAACGUCAUCCGGUACUUCCCCACCCAGGCCCUCAACUUCGCCUUCAAGGACAAGUACAAGCAGAUCUUCCUGGGUGGUGUGGACAAGCGGACCCAGUUCUGGCGGUACUUUGCCGGUAACCUGGCGUCCGGGGGCGCCGCUGGCGCGACCUCCCUGUGCUUCGUCUACCCCCUGGACUUUGCCCGAACCCGCCUGGGAGCCGAUGUGGGUAAAUCCACAGCUGAGCGGGAGUUCACUGGGCUCGGUGACUGCCUGAUCAAAGUGUUCCGGUCGGAUGGCAUCAGGGGCCUGUACCAGGGCUUCAGUGUCUCUGUCCAGGGCAUCAUCAUCUACAGAGCCUCCUACUUUGGCAUCUACGACACUGCAAAGGGAAUGCUUCCAGACCCAAAGAACACACACAUCGUUGUCAGCUGGAUGAUUGCUCAGACGGUUACUGCUGUUGCUGGUUUUGUCUCCUACCCGUUUGAUACCGUUCGUCGUCGCAUGAUGAUGCAGUCUGGCCGUAAAGGAACUGACAUAAUGUACUCCGGCACUCUCGACUGCUGGCGGAAGAUUGCCCAGGAUGAGGGCGCCAAGGCCUUUUUCAAAGGUGCAUGGUCGAACGUACUCCGAGGAAUGGGUGGUGCUUUUGUCUUAGUCCUGUAUGAUGAAAUCAAGAAGUACACAUAAGUUAUUUCCUACUGGGAACUGGUGUGUUGUAAUGUGUAGUCAUGGACUUGUAUGAAAACUGUCUAGUUACUAAACAGUGGCAGCUGACAUUUAUACAAGUUGGCAUGGGGCAGGGGCAACUGCCUGCCCUGUCUUUAACAAGUCAUUCCCCCUGACGGGACUCAAACAGUUUCUAUUUCAGUCACUCCGGUUUAAAGAGUUCAAAGAAAUACAAAUCUGAAACCAA